GCCGGGGCCACAGAGAAAGAAAGAUCAGAGACUGUCCCAGGCUCCCUGGCUCAGACCCAGGCAGGCGGAGGGGAGGACUCAUUCAUCCUAGGCCAGCCCCGGAGUGAGACCGCAGAGCUGCCUCGCCCGGCCCAGGCCGCGUGUCAAAGCGGGGAGGGGAUUUCAUCAGGCUCCCUCCCCCUGGGCCGGGCGCCUGGGAACCUGUUGGGACGAUUUUAGUUUGGGGAGGGACGGAGGAGUUCCUGGCAGGGCGGGAACUUCAGGGCGACAGAAGCAGCCCCUUGGCCCGGGCAGCCCGGAGCGCGGCGGGCAGCCUGUCCCCGCUGGGACGACGAGGGCCUCGCGAGGUGGAGGGAGGACCCAGGACAAUGGCUGCUGAUCGUGAUUUGGAGAUGGAGGAUAUGAAUCUGAACAUGGACAGAGACAUGAAAGGAGAGCUGGAAGAAGAGAAGGAAAUGAGAGAGGACAGGGGAGGUAAAGAUCCCCUCAAGAAUAAAAAGGUCCACAGGAUUGUCUCAAAAUGGAUGCUUCCUGAAAAGGUUCGAAGAGCAUACCUGGAGAGAGCUAACUGCCUCCCACCCCCUGUGUUCAUCAUCUCCGUCAGCCUUGCCGAGUUGGCGGUGUUUAUUUACUAUGCUGUGUGGAAGCCUCAGAAACAGUGGAUCACCCUGGACACAGGCAUCCUGGAGAGUCCCUUUAUCUACAGUCCUGAGAAGCGGGAGCAAGCCUGGAGGUUUAUCUCCUAUAUGCUGGUCCAUGCUGGAGUUCAGCACCUCGUGGGGAAUCUCAUCAUGCAGCUCGUUUUGGGUAUUCCCUUGGAAAUGGUCCACAAAGGCCUCCGAGUAGGGCUGGUGUACCUGGCAGGAGUAACUGCAGGGUCCCUUGCCAGCUCCAUUUUUGACCCACUCAGAUAUCUUGUGGGUGCUUCAGGAGGAGUCUAUGCUCUGAUGGGAGGCUAUUUUAUGAAUGUUCUGGUGAAUUUUCGAGAAAUGAUUCCUGCCUUGGGAAUUGUCAGACUACUGAUCAUCAUCCUUAUAAUUUUGUCGGAUAUGGGAUUUGCUCUCUAUAGAAGGUUCUUUGUCCCUGCAAACGGGUCACCGGUGUCUUUUGCAGCCCACAUUGCAGGUGGAUUCGCUGGAAUGUCCAUAGGUUACACUGUGUUUAGCUGCUUUGAUCAGGCAUUGCUGAAGGAUCCGAGAUUUUGGAUAGCAAUUGCAGCUUAUUUUGCUUGUGUCUUAUUUGCUGUGUUUUUCAACAUUUUCCUCUCCCCAGCAAACUGACCUGCCUCUAAUAUAAACCAAGUAAUACAAAGAGCCAUCUGGGAAAAAACUGAAGUCUAUGAAGAGACAAGUCCUUGCAAAUGCUAACAAUUUUUUAAAGAGGUCAGAACACGACUGAAGUCCUCAGUUGCAAAGACUGUUUACAAAAGGGGUUAGGGUUUAGGUAAGGGGCUUCUGAACGCAGAGGGAGGGAAAAGGAAGAGAGAAAAGGGGAGGGAUGGAAAAAGCAGGAUUGGCUCUUUCCAGACAUGUGGUGUGCAUUGUAGGGAUACUCUAAGAGACUUGCUCUCCUUGGAGGAUAUAUAGUAGAGACUGCUUGAUAGAAUCUACAAAUACCUGUACUGUUCUGAUAAUAAAAACUUUUCAUACCUGUGCCAGACUAUUGAUAAUCACUUUCUAUCACUGUUGGGGUGGAUAGAUCACUCUUUGGGGUGCUUUAUAUACAUUAUUGUUAAUCUUUUCAACAACCCAGAAAUGUAGCUAUUACUCUCUAUCUAGAGAGGACAACAUGAAAACUCAUUAAAAAAAUCAAGUAACUUGUCUAAGAGGGCACAGGAUUUAAAGGUUGGUAAUGACUCGAAAGUCCAUAUUCUCCUCCCCUACCGGUCUAAUGAGGCUAUGUGUCCCAAAUACUGAAAGCUGAGAGUAUCGUGGGAGUAUAGGAGCAAACAUUUCUGUGAGUACGCCAUAAAUGGUAGAAGUAUCUUAUAAAAGAAGACUGAAAAUUUUCUGGACUGCCAGUUUAAGAUUCUAGAAGUGUGUCUAGGAUCCCAAGGAACCUAGAACUAGCUUUCUGGUGCAUACUGGGUACCUGGACUCUGGAUUCUCAUCCUUUACGUGGCUAGUGGCUCUCCUGGGAGUGGGUAGGAUUUAUUUACAUAGGGUAAAAUGUCAAAUCUGAAAGCUGAGAAGCCUGUCUCCUUUCUUAUUAUAGAACCUAGGUUAUUGGCUUUUUCUUUUUUUUUUUUUAAGUAGGCUCCAUGUCUGGGAACCUGGGUGGCUCACUCUUGAUUUUGGCUCAGGUCAUGAUCCAGGGUCUCGGGACUAUGGGUUUUAACAGGAUAAAUGAGAUUAUACUACACGUGUUGCUCUGUACCUUGCUUUACAAUGUGAUGCUGGAGACCUUCAUUCUCUGAGUUGCCAGAUGAUAAAGAUGUAUUGUGGUUAUUUAACCACGGCUCUACUGGACACUGUUGAUUUUGUACUAUUAUCGACAGUGCUAUGUGAACUUCCUAGUACGUGUAGGAUGCCUUUGAGUAUGUUUGCUGAAUGAAUAUUUUAAGCAUCCACAAGCAGAAAUGCUGUUAAUUUUGAUAGAUUUAAACUGCCUUUUAAGUAGUGCAUCCAUUUAUAUUCUUACUGACAGAUGUUAGUAAGUUUCCUUAUACUUUUGCCAAAAGCAGGUAUUGUAAAUCUUUGAAAAAUCUGCAUUUUGAUAGUUAAAAAAUAAUACUUCAUUUAAAUUUUAUUUGUCUAACUACUGAGGCUUAGUGUUUUUCAAGUUUAUUAAUAAUUUAUAUAUUACACAUAUGUAAUUUAUAUAAUAUACAAAUAUGAAUAUAUAUGUAUAACUUUUUCCCUGUGAAAUAGUUGCAUUGAAUCUGAAAAGUAUCUAUUAAUUGGCAAAGAGCCCAGAGAAGGGGUGUCUGGCUGGCUCAGUCUGUAGAGCAUGCCACUCUUGAUCUCAGGGUUGUAAGUUCAAGCCUCAUGUUGGGGAGUAGAGAUUACUUAAAAAUAAAAAAUCUUAAAGAAAAAAAAAAAAAAGCCCAGAGAAGAAAUAGUCAUCUGUCAUGUCCAACCCAUCAGGUCACUAGCUCUGAAGAGAGACCUUUAAUGACCUAAACGGAAAUGUAAUUGUUCAUAACAGAAAACUAGAUAGAGAAACAGAAUUCAUCGAAUUAUGAAACUGUUUUUAGGGGCGCCUGGGUGGCUCAGUUGGUUGAGCGACUGCCUUCAGCUCAGGUCAUGAUCCUGGAGUCCCAGGAUCGAGUGCCACAUCAGGCUCCCUGCUCAGCAGUGAGUUUGCUUCUCCUUCUGACCCUCCCGCCUCUCAUUCUCUCUCUCUCUCUCAUUCAUAAAUAAAUAAAUAAAUAAGAAACUGUUUUUAGUCAGAAAGAGUUUUUGGUACUAGAAACAUGGUUCACAUUAUAAUUGGGUUCCCCAGGGGGCAAAAUUACUGUAAAAAAAAAAAGCAUACAAACAUCUGGUGUUUUAAAUGUGAUGUCUCUGAAUUAUAGAGGAACCAUCUAUUCAGCUUAAUUUGGGGCUCAUAACUUUAGUCUUCUAAACUGCUGUGUUAUUAGAAAUAUUCUUUAUUUGUCCCGUCCAAUAAAGUAGCCACAAGGCACAUGUAGCUCUUAAAUUUUAAUUAAAAUUAAAUAAGAUUAAAAAAAACCUCAGUUCCUGUGUUACACAAGUCAUGAUGCAAGUGCCCAAUGGCUCUAUGUAGCUAGUGGCUACCUUAUUGGACAGUGCAGAGAGAGUCUUUCAACACUGUUGCAAAAGUUCUAUUGGACAGAGUGGUUUUAGAAGCACAAACAUGAGCGCAAAUGGAUUUUAGCCGAUGGCUGACUCACUGCACUGAAUUGAACUGCUCUGCACCUGCAAAGGGACACUUCAGAGAACAAGCAUGAUUUGCUUCUCAGAUUUAUCUAAACAGGUUUGUGUUAAUCUCUGUUUUAGCAAAUUAAGAAAGAGUUGUUUGAAAUGUUUUUAUUUUUUGCUUUCGAAUUCUAUGGGAUUGAGUCUAGGUAGACUAGUAUUCAUGUCAUUUAUGAAAGCUUCAGAACCUAAGAUUUGUAGCUAAAUAAUUUACUGCCCCUUCUUUCAGGAAAUACUAUGCUUUUGCACCUUAAGGGAAAAAAAUUAUUAUUUUUUUGUGAUUAUAGAAGUGCUCAUGGUAAAAACAAAUUAAAAUACAUAUAAUUAUAAAAAAAUAAGUCAAUUGUAAUCACACCACCCAGAGAUGAUCAUAGUUAAUAUCUUGAUGAAUUUCCUUCUAGGCUUUUUAUAUGCAUCUCUACAUAUAAACAAAUAUAUAAUUAUGGGGUCAUACUGU